GAGUUAAAAAUAUCUUCUAUAAAUAUUUAUCCCUCUAAAACCAAAUACAUCUCACACACAUACAUAAAUUUAGUUUACAUUGUUUAAAGCAACACUGAAUUAAAUGGAGGCAAAGAUGUCUAUGGUGAAGUUGGUUGCUUUAUUGCUUAUUCUUGCAUCAUGCUUUCAAUCUCUCAGUGCUCGAGAUUUGGAAAUGGAAGUGAAUGAUGGGUUAAAUGUCUUGGAACUACUUGAUGUGUCUCAAUCCAUUUGCCCAGGAGUGACAAAGGAAAAGUGGCCAGAACUUCUUGGAACACCAGCGAAGUUCGCUCAGCAAAUAAUUCAGAAGGAAAAUCCAAAAUUAACAAAUGUUGUAACUGUACUAAAUGGUGGUCCUGUUACAGAAGAUUUGAGAUGUAAUCGAGUUCGUCUUUUUGUUAAUUUAUUGGACUUUGUUGUACAAACUCCCCAAGUUGGUUAAACAAAUACAUGUUAUACAUGUACGUAGCCUCCAGAAAAUAAAUUGGAGCUCUAAUGGUUAAUGUCUCCACUGUAUUUGGUGAUAUAUAAAUAAAUGUGGCUUUUAAUAUUA